UUCCGGUGUCAUGGCGUGGAUGUGUGUGUUCUGAGCGCGUUUUCCGGAACAGAAUGCUUACUAGACCGUCUCCUGUUGUUUCUACUGGCUACGGCCUGCUUAGGAAAGACCCGGAGAGACCCUCAAGCCACGUAAUGGAGGCAGUGACCUUUGAGGAUGUGGCUGUGAACUUCACCAGUGAGGAGUGGGCUUUGCUGAAUUCAUCCCAGAAGAAGCUCUACAGAGAUGUGAUGGGGGAAACUUUUAGGAACAUGGUAACUAUAGGAAGGACCUCUGAUGACCAGGAAGUUGAAGGAGCAUACCAAGAUUACUGGAGAUAUCUAAGCAGUGAAGAUGUAGAGAAAUGCUGUCAAUAUAAAGUUUGGAAUCAAUAUGAAGAAACAUUUCUUUGGAAUCCAGAUACUAAAGAGGACAUGAAACAAGCUGAUUUAGCAGCAACUGAAAGCCUUGCUUAUAAAACACCUCUGAAUGGGCAUUUGUCACUAAAUGUGCCCAUUGUAGCUUACAUUGCAUCAGAGGCAUGUAAAUGUUUGACAUAUGAAAAGAAGUCUCAUAAGUGUAUUCAACAUGGAAGAAACUGCUGUGAUUCCCAGUCCCAUCAGAAGCAUGCAAGCACAAAGGCUGGAGAGAAACCUUACAAAUAUGAUCAGCAUAGGAAGUCCUACUGUGAUCUUAGUGAAAGAGCUCAUUUUAGAGAUGACUUCCUAUGUAAUAAAAUUUUGAAAGCUUCUGGCACACCCAGUGAUGAUCAAAACUGGGAAAAAAAUCACUGUUGGGGGGAACGUUGUGUUUGUAAGCAAUGUGGGAAAGGUUUCAGCACAUGGAGUGAAUGUAAAAUACAUGAAAAAGUUCACUCUGAGGAAAAACCUUAUGUGUGUAAGCAGUGUGGGAAAGCUUCCGGCACAUUUAGUAAACUUAAAAUACAUGAAAGAGUUCACACUGGAGAGAAGCCUUAUUUAUGCAAGCAAUGUGGAAAAGCUUUCAGCAGACAUGUUAAUUGUCUAAGACAUGAAAAAAUUCACACUGGAGAGAAACCUUAUGUAUGUAAGCUAUGUGGCAAAGCUUUCAGCACAAGUGAAUAUUGUCAGAGUCAUGAAAGAAUUCAUGCUGGGGAGAAACCCUAUGUAUGUACGCAAUGUGGGAAAGCUUUCAGCACACAUGGCUAUUGUCAAAGACAUCAAAGGACUCACAAUCUAGGUAAGUUGUAUAUGUGUAAGCAAUGUGGGAAAGCUUUCAGCACACGUGGAUAUUGUCAAAGACAUGAAAGACUUCACUCUGGUGAGAGACCCUAUGUGUGUAAGCAAUGUGGAAAAGCUUUCAGCACACAUGGAUAUUGUCAGAAACACGAAAGGACUCACAACCAGGAUAAACCAUAUGUGUGUAAGCAAUGUGGGAAAACUUUCAGCACAAAUCCUGAUUGUAAAAGACAUGAAAAACUUCAUAAUGGGGAGAAACCCUAUGUGUGUAAGCAAUGUGGGAAAGGUUUUAGGACUUACACUCACUGUAAAAUACAUGAAAGAACUCACACUGGGGAAAAGCCCUAUGUGUGUAAGCAAUGUGGGAAAGCUUUCAGCACACACAAUCACUGUAAAAUACAUGAAAGAACUCACACUGGGGAAAAGCCCUAUGUGUGUAAGCAAUGUGGGAAAGCUUUCAGCACACGUGGAUAUUGUCAGAUACAUGAAAGAAUUCACACUGGGGAGAGACCCUAUGUGUGUAAGCAAUGUGGAAAAGCUUUCAGAACAUGCAGUGAUUGUAAAAUACAUGAAAGAAUUCACAGUGAGGAAAAGCCCUAUGCAUGUAAGCAUUGUGGGAAAGCUUUCAGAAGAUUUAAUCAAUGUAAAAGACAUGAAGGUCUUCACACUGGGGAAAAACCUUAUGUGUGUAAACAGUGUGGGAAAGCUUUCAGCAGAAAUGCUCAUUUGCAAAGCCAUGAAAGAAUUCACACUGCAUAGAGAAACCUCAUGUAUGUAAGCAGUAUGUGAAAGAUUUCACAACAGGUUUGUAUUGUCAGAAACAUGGAAGAAUUCCAAUUGAGGAGAAACUAAGCAACGUGGGAAAUCUUUCAGGACAUGUAAAACUUAAAGAAUUCACACUGGGGAGAAACACUAGAUAAUGAUUGAUACACUGUCAGCUUGAGAAGUUUAGAAGUUUAAACAGCUCUGCAUGAAGCCAGGGAACUCACGUUUUAAACAUCCUGAGUCUGCAAGAAGAGGAUACUGAGGCAGUGUGAAUGCUACACCAGCCCAAUGGGAUGUAGUCUACUUAAAAUACAAGGGAGGAAAAGUGGCUUGCUCUUCACAUAGUUUGGCUCUUGCUGUGUUUGCUGUCUUCUGCCAUUUACAGUGUUGCCUCUGCCAUGCCACCAUGCUUUGAAGUCAUCUGAUUAUGGACUGAAACCUCCAUAAAUUGUACACUAAAUAAAUCUUUCUUUGAUUUUGGGUGUCAGGUAUUUUGUCCCAGCAACAAGAGAAAAGUAAGAGAUCCUAUGCAUGUAAACUGUGGCAGACCUUUCAAAAUAUGUGACAUAUAUCCCAUAUCCAACUACACACUGCUAAACAAAUGAAAGAAGUCCCACUGGAGAGAUAUGCUUAUUUUGAAACUCCUGUGUAAAUUUUCAUGUAUUGGAGCUUACAAAUAAUUAAUAUAAAAAUUGGAUGAUAGUAUCUCUUUAUAAAUGUUUUGGAAUGUAUGAAACCCAGGUGCAGGUAUCCUAAAGUACACACAUUGUGUAGUUUUCAAUAAAUUAUUCAUAUACAUCUA